AUGGCGUUUAUCUCUCUCUUCAUCCUCUCUCUAAUUCUCUCCCAUCUGCACUCUCAACGGACGGCCGAGAAACCUUCAUCAUCCACGUGGCAAAGUCUGCCAAGCCCCAUAUUUUCUCCACCCACCAUCAUUGGUACUCCUCCAUCAAACCGAUCUGUUGACACCCUUCAUCACCCUUCCAAGAUUCUUUACACCUACAACCGCGCCGUGCAGGGAUUCUUGGCUCGGCUUAUCGUUGACCAAGCCGCCAAGAUCCGCCAUGUACGUGGGGUUCUCUCUGUAAUACCUGACAGGCCAAGGUAUUUACAUACUACUCGUACUCCACGCUUUCUUGGCCUAGAUGAUUCUUUUGGGAUCUGGCCUAAUUCUGAUUAUGUUGAUGAUGUGAUUGUUGGUGUGCUUGAUACUGGGAUUUGGUUGGAACGGCAGAGUUUUUCCGAUGAAGGGUUUAAGCCGGUUCCGGGAAAAUGGAAAGAUAUUUUAGCAGUAAUGGAUCAAGUUAUUGAAGAUGGUGUUGAUGUAAUUUCGCUUUCAGUUGGUGUUGAUGGUUAUGCACCGCCUUAUGAUUAUGAUUCGAUUGCUAUUGGAGCUUUCGGUGCAAUCGAACAUAGUAUUGUCGUUUCAUGCUCUGCUGGGAAUUUCAGCCCUGAUCCAUAUACAGUGGUGAAUAUUGCUCCGUGGAUUUUGACAGUCGGUGCUUCCACUCUUGACCAGUAG